AUGAGUUCGGCAAGCGAAACUCCACGCAUUGAAUGGCUUUGUGAAAUAGACUCAGAUUUCCUUAAUUCUUCUGUUUCAUCAUACGGACUCGAUCGUUUCAUCCCUAAUUAUGGACUUUGCAUCAAAUAUAUCAGAGGCGAUGUUGGUAUUUUCAACGAUUACCCACGUAAUAUUCAAGAGUCACUUCUUAAUGAAGUUCGUGUACUUUAUGGUCUAUUACACGCUAGAUAUAUUGUAACGGAAGAAGGCCUAGAAGCUAUGUUUGAAAAAUAUCAAAAUUGCAUAUUUGGAUGUUGUCCUCGUGCUAGUUGUCACAAGGAAUUCUUAUUGCCAAUCGGAUUGACCGAUGAACCUGGCGUUAUGAACGUGAAACUAUACUGCCCAAGAUGUUGCGACAUAUAUGAGAGCUUCUAUCAGCUAGAUGGUGCAUAUUUUGGAACAACAUUCCCUAUAUAUUUUGUUAAAUACCAUGAAAUCGAAAUUGGAAAGUAUUUACAGCCAAACUACACAAACACUGGAGAUCCAACAAGAGAUAACCGUUUGUUAAGAUAUAGAGACCCGUGUUAUAAACCUACAGCCGAAUUAGAAUUGCCAAAAAAGGUAAUGGGCAAAAAUCCACAAAGUAAUUAA